GCUCAGCAACUCGUCGCGAACGUGGAGAUGCUCUUCGGCGUGGGCCAGGGCCCGACGACGAGGGCAGCACGUUACCCCAACGCGCGCAUCGAGGCCUUGGAACGGCUGGUCAUGCACGACGGUCUCGCGCCGUACCUGCACAGGGUGGCGCGGUUUCGCCUCGCCAACGUGUGGGCGGUGAUGCGUUACGACGACCACCGGUGGCUCCCGCCGCAGCGCCUCGCUUUCGCGGGCGGAGGGCUGACGGCCACGCUGAGAUGCACGAAGACCAGCGGACCGGGGCGCAAGAUGCCGGAGCUGCCGCUCACG